AUGGGGGUGUUGAAGAUACCGCAGAGGGUGGAAUACAAAAUACCACAGGACAGAAUCCCACAGUACAAAAUCUACCCGGACAGAAUCCCACAGUACAAAAUACCACAGGACAGAAUCCCACAGUACGAAAUCUACCCGGACAGAAUCCCACAGUACAAAAUACCACAGGACAGAAUCCCACAGUACGAAAUCUACCCGGACAGAAUCCCACAGUACAAAAUACCACAGGACAGAAUCCCACAGUACGAAAUCUACCCGGACAUAAUCCCACAGUACAAAAUACCACAGGACAAAAUCCCACAGUACGAAAUCUACCCGGACAGAAUCCCACAGUACAAAAUACCACAGUACGAAAUCCCACAGUACGAAAUCUACCCGGACAUAAUCCCACAGUACAAAAUACCACAGGACAGAAUCCCACAGUACAAAAUCUACCCGGACAUAAUCCCACAGUACAAAAUACCACAGGACAGAAUCCCACAGUACGAAAUCUACCCGGACAUAAUCCCACAGUACAAAAUACCACAGGACAAAAUCCCACAGUACGAAAUCUACCCAGACAGAAUCCCACAGUACAAAAUACCACAGGACAUAAUCCCACAGUACGAAAUCUACCCGGACAGAAUCCCACAGUACAAAAUACCACAGGACAUAAUCCCACAAAGUGAAAAUAGGGACAAAAUCCCACACAAUAAAAUUUAA